AUGACGAGAAGCAGCACACCUUUUCUUCCUGAAGGAAUCAUAUUCGACAUCCUGGUUUUCCUUCCUGCUGAGAUUCUGCACAAUGUGAUGAGAUGUGUUUGCCGAGGGUGGUACAAUGUUAUCAACAGCCCUGAAUUCAUUAGUGCACACCUUCAAAAAUCAACUAAUGGCUUCCUCAUCCAAUCCUGGAAUCGUCCAAAUGUGAUUGAUUUUGUGGAGAUCAUAAACGUUUCCGGUGUUCGGAUAAGAGAAUUAAGAUACGAGUUCCGUCAUCCUAUUUGUGCUAGUUGUGAUGGCUUAGUAUUGUUCAAGCACGACAGUAAUGAUUUAAUAUUUUGUGUUGCAAAUCUUAUUACCAACCAAAUACUGACCCUCCCUCCUUUAUCUGAACCUAUUAGAAAUGAUCUUUGUACUUUGGUAUAUGGUCAUUCUAUCAAGAGAUACAAAGUAGUCUUCCUAGACUAUACGAAUGUUGAUUUAAUGUGUGCAAACUUCACUGUGGGUACUGAUACCGAAUGGAGACCGAUUGAUACUAAACAUAUUCCAAAUACUAACUGGAAUUAUUCUUUUUCAGCAUUUUCAGCACCAUUGUCCGCUGGAGGAUAUCUUUAUUGGACCCCUCGUUUUAGAGAAACUUUUCUUCUAGUUUUGGAUGUUGAAGCUGAAAUAUUGCACCGUCUUCCAUUUCCAAAGGUGUUGAAUAAAAAAAAGAGUUAUUUUAUGGUAAGGGAAAGCUUUCUAGUUUUGAUGGUUAGAAUAGAGAAAUUUUUGUGGGAAGUUUUGGUGUUGACAGAAUUAAACAAGGGAGAGUGGACAAGGCUUUAUAACAUUGACUUGACAGGUCAAAGUGGCAUGCUUAGUCAACACCAGAAUUGGUCUUUAGAAUGCUAUUUGUUUCCUCUUGCCUGGUUAAAAAAUGGAGAGUUGGUGAUCUUUCGUAUUUCAGAUACACCGAGAAUUUACGUUCUUUAUAACAUCAAGACAAAAGAAGUUUCUUCAUUCUCAAUAAACAAAAAUUUCAGAUCCUACCAUGCUCAUGCCAACAGCUUGGUUUCAUUGAAGGUAUGCUAG